CGGCUCUCUUUCGGGAACCGGCAAACAGCGCCGCCGAAUGCAUUCCCGGAUCUUGCAAUGCCAUUAUUCCCCACCUUCCACGAACGCGCCAGCGACUAAACGAAAGGCGCCUGUCGAUCCUUUCAAUCGUUUGAUGAUCAGCUCCUUGACAAUCUUUGGACACAGAUUAGUGAGGAUCGCACCAGAUCGUCCUUUCUUUCAUUGCUCCACCUCGAAAAUCUAUAAGACUCCAGUGUCCUGGCCCCCUCGUCUCCUUCCCCUGCGCCUCAACCCUGAUAGAGCAUAUCUCUCAACCAUGUCAGCGCAUUACGAUUUCAAGCCCCCUGCCUCUGCUGAAGAGUACAAGAACCAAUGGACAUCCUCAUUUGAAAAGUGCAAGUCUAUCCUUGAAUCGAUCGAGUCAUCCUCGUCAGCCAAAGACGAAGAAGACCCCCAAGCCAUUCUCGAGACGCUCAAUUCCUUUGCUGUCAUUCACCAAGCUGGUUCGAGCGAUGCCGGUCUGUUCGUCGCUGUGCAUCCCGAUAAGGAGAUGAGAGAUGAAGCUGAGAAAGCAAAGAAGGAAUGGAGUAAAUUAGGAACGGACAUUGGGAUGAGUCGAAAAGCCUUUGAAGCAGUCAAAAGGUGUCAGACGAGCGGACAGGUCAAAGACAAGCGAACGAACUUUUGGAUCGAAAAGAUGUUGAAAGCUUACAAGAGGGAUGGAGUAGACAAGGACGACGAGACCAGAGCCAAAGUCAAGAAAUUAAGGGAGGAGAUCGAUUCAUUGUUGAUCCAGUUUGACAAGAAUCUCGCGGAUGACAGUCGACACAUCUUUUUCAAGCCUGAACAGCUCGAGGGUUUACCGGAGGACUAUCUCAAAGCUCAUCCUGCGGACGACAGUGGUAAAGUAAAAAUCACGACCAACUACCCGGACUAUGUCCCCUUUAUGCGAUAUUGUAAAGAUUCGUCGGCCAAAGAAGAACUGUAUAAUACUUAUAUGUGUCGCGGACAUCCACAGAACGGUCCAGUCCUCGUUGACAUGUUCAACAAGCGACACGAGCUCGCGUCUCUUUUGGGUUUCAAGAACCACGCGGAUCACAAGUUGUCCAAGGAGAUGGUGGAGAACGGAGCCAACGUUCAAGAAUUUAUCGACAAGAUUAGUUCUCUCGCCGAUGAGAGGAUGCAUCGAGAUUUGAAGGAAAUGGCCGAAGUGGGAGGUUACCCAGACGAGAAAUCGAUUCCUCCCUGGGAACAUCAAUACCUUUUCAACAAGGUCAAGACUGAAAGAUACGCUUUCGAUCCAUCCGAAGCCAGACAUUACUUCCCAUUCGGACGCGUUCGAGAUGGUCUCAUGGCGAGCAUGCAAAAGCUCUUCGGGGUCAAAUUUGAGAAAUGCUCAAACGUUCCCGUUUGGCAUCCAGACGUCACAGCCUACGAAUUGAAAGAUGCAAAAUCUGGUCAACUGAUCGGACGAUUCUACCUCGACCUUCACCCCAGAGACAACAAGUACAAGCACGCCGCCGAGUUCGAUAUCCGAUAUGGAAGUCGAGAUAUCUUACCUGAAUCAGCUCUCGUUUGCAACUUUGUCCAAGGGGACGACGCUUUGAUGGAACAUUCCGAAGUCCAAACCUUCUUCCACGAAUUCGGUCACUUGUUACAUCAUCUCUUUGCCUCAGGUCAACAGUGGGUGGAACUUGCCGGUAUUACAUGCGAUUGGGACUUUGUCGAAGCUCCAAGCCAAAUGCUCGAAGAAUGGUCAUAUGAUCCCGAAACCUUGAAGUCGUUCGCCAUUUCCAACAAUACCGGCGAGACAAUUUCUGACGAUAUGAUCAAAGCUCUCCGACACAGUCGAACGGCUAGUCGAGGUGUUCAAGUCAGGAGACAAAUGUCUCUCGCUGCCUUGUCCCUGUACGUUCAUCAACUGGACAAGAACACCAUUGCCAAUCCUGAAGAUGUGGACAAGGCGGCUCAGCACAAUGAUUCAGCUUAUGGACCUCACGACACUGUACCUGGAACUCAUUUCGCUUAUGCUUUCGGACACUUGGGCGGAUACUCCACAGCAUACUAUUGUUACAUGUGGUCUCAAGUCAUCGCUCUGGAUCUAUUCGAUCAAUUCAAGAAGAAUGGAUUGUAUGAUCCUCAGACCGCUCAGGCUUACCGUACAAAAGUGUUGGCAGCUGGAGGACAGGAUAAUGCAAAGAGCUUCGUGGCGGAGUUCCUUGGUCGACAGUACAGCUUUGACGCCAUGCAAGCGUACUUGGAUGAGUAGACAAGGCUGGAACGGACCUGAGGUCAUGUAGUAGUGUAUACCUAGUCAUAUGCCUCUGAGACACUUCGGAAAAAAAUAGUGCCGCGGUGUCCCAGGUUCAGUAGUCAAUAGCACGGUCGAGUGCGACGAUGAUACAUAUACACAAAU